AUGGGAGGAAAUUAUGGGCCAGUGAUGCCGCCGAAGCGGAAACUUGACAGUGAAGGCGAAGAAGAUGGAGAUAUCGGACCAGCCAGACCAGACACGCCGCCGAAGAAGGCCAGAGUAAUGGGACCAAUGAUGCCACCCAGCGCACGACCAGACAGUGAUAAAGACGAAGACGAUGAAGAAGACGAGAGUGAUGAUGAUUACGGACCCUCCCUGCCUCCUCCGGCCUCCUCCAGCUCUGCCAUAAAGCCUGAGGCACCCACACAGCCUAUACCAAGUGCACCAGCAUCGAAGCCGGAAGUAAUCCAGCGAGACGACUGGAUGCUGAAGCCACCCGAUCAGCUCGACCUCUCAGCCCGUAUGGAUCCCACUAAGCUGAAGAACCGAAAGUUCAACACGGGAAACCCUGCUCGGCCGGCUGCUUCAAAGGCAGGAGGCCCAUCAAAUACGUGGACCGAAACCGUGGAAGAGAAGAGGAAGCGUCUGCAGAAUGAAGUCAUGGGCAUACAGGCGCCGGCUGCUGCAUCGGCUGCAUCUGAACCGGAUGCUGGUAAGGCAUUGGCGACUGAACGAGCAGAAAAGAUGUCGAAGCAUGUUCGUGAAUAUAACGAAAAGAAUAGGAACAAGUCACUAUAUUCUCAGCACAAGGCCAGUACUGAAGAGCAAGAAAAGGACGACCCUAGUGCUAGAGCUUUUGACAAGGAGAAGGAUAUCAGAGCGCCCUCGAAGAUCAGCCAUUCCCAGCGUAGGGAAAUGCUGAAUAAAGCUGCUGACUUUAACUCGCGCUUCUCGGGCGGGAGCUUUCUAUAG